AUGCGUUCUUCCCUCGUUAUGCUUGCCGGUCUGGCAAGCUCCGCUCUCGCUUAUCCCGCAGACGUUGCCGCCGAACGCCGGACAUUCGGGCUCGUCGCUGAGCUUCUCGGUGGUGCUACCCACGACGUCGUCUCUAUCCUCGAGAGUGUCCUCGGUGGUCACUCCUCCCACAAGGGCUCUGCCAGCCUCCUCGCUGGUCUGAAUGCUCACGGUGCUGCUGCCCUCGAGGGUGGUGCUCUUGGAUGCAGCCACGCUGACAUCCACGCCUCUGCUCGCGCUCAUCUGAAGACCUGGUUGUCUGGCAGCGUGAGCAUCUCCGGCUCUGUCAAGACCUCUCUUCUCGCCUGGUGCGAGGGUGAGGUCGACGUUCUUGCCACUGAUGUUAUUGCCGCUCUGGCUGUGUACAUCCCUACCUGCGCUGAACUUUGCGCCAAGGAGUCUCUCUAUGUCACUAUUGACGGUAUCUUCGCCGCUACCGAGCUCGCUACCGACCUCGUCCUGAGUGCUUCCGCUCAGCUUUCCCUCGGUGCCUGGGUCGAUGUUGCUGUUGGCCUCGACGCUGACAUCAAGGCCGGCCUCAGCGUUUGCGCUGGUGGCGGUCUUAUCACCAGCUUGGAUGCUGGUGUCAAGGCGAAGCUGCUCGCCUGGAUCAGCGGCGGUAGCUGCUCCCUCGAUGCCAGCCUCAAGGUUUCCGUCCUUGCCUGGCUCCACGGCCGUCACGGUGGUGACCUCGUUGCCAUUGGUGAGCUCGGUGUUGAUGCUCUCAACGCCAUCUCCGUCGGUGCUUCCGUUGGUGUCUUCGUUGGUGAGAGCGGUUCUCUCUCCGUUCACGCCCAGGCCAUGCUCGCCGCUUUCCUCGAUACUAGCAUCGCCGUCAACAUUGAUGCUGAUAUUCUCGUCGCCCUCAAGGCUUGCGCCAAGGGCGAGCUCGCUACUGCCCUUGAACUCGACGUCCGCACCAAGCUCGCUGUCUGGCUCUCUGGCUCCAGCUGCUCCCUCGGUAUUGAACUCAAGGCUGUUGUUCUGCUCUGGCUGUCUCUCGGUGCCACCGCUGAUGUUUCUCUCGACCUUGUCUCUGGCCUCUUCGUUGACAUCACCGAGUUCCUGAGCGUUACCAUCAUCGAUCUCCUCUCCGUCAACCUCCGUGGUGCCCUGUCUCUCCUCGCCUGCGGUCAGAGCCUCGACCUGCUGUCCUUUGAGGCUCGUGCUGAACUUGCUGCCUUCCUGUCUGGCUGCACUUCCAUCGACAUCAGCGUUGACAUUGAGCUCAUCAUCUUUGAGUGGUUCACUGGCUGCAGCAUGCCCGGUGCCCCUGCUCCCUCCAGCUCCGUUCCCAGCCUGCCUUCCGCUACUGCCAGCAUUAUCUCCAGCGUCCCCCUGCCCUCUGGUGCUUCUCCUACCGGCUCUGCCUCUAUCCCCAGCGGUUCCAUCCCCAGUGGCACUAUCCCCACCAGCUCCAUCCCUGCUGGCGGCUCCGUUCCCUCUGGCUCCUCGCCCGCUGGCACUAUCCCCACCAGCUCCAUCCCUGCUGGCGGCUCCGUUCCCUCUGGCUCCUCGCCCGCUGGCACUAUCCCCACCGGCUCUGUCCCCAGUGGCACUGUUCCCACCGGCUCCAUCCCUGCUGGUGGCUCUGUUCCUUCCAGCUCCUCGCCCGCUGGUACUGCUCCUUCUGGCACUGUCCCCACUGGUGGCUCUGGAUCUACUGGCUCUGGUUCUGGAUCUACUGGCUCCGGCUCCGGCUCCGGCUCUGGAUCUACUGGCUCCGGCUCUGGAUCUACUGGCUCUGGUUCUGGAUCUACUGGCUCCGGCUCCGGCUCUGCUGAGACUACUACUCCCUGUGAGACUGAGACCAGCACCUGGGUUACCUCUACUGUCAUCUCUGGCACCCCCGUCCCCGUUACUGUCACCGGCACUAUCCCUGCUAAGACCAUCACCGGUGGUGGCUCCGGCUCCGUCCCCAUUGAGGCUACUACCACUGAGACUAGCGUCUACACUACCGAGACUGUCGUGUCUGGCACCACCUCCACUAUCACUAUCACUGAUAUCAUCAGCGGCUCGAUCCCUACUGGCGCUGCCACUACCUUCUGGGCGACUGAGAGCAUCUGGGUGACUUCCACUGUCAUUUCUGGAUACACUAGCACUAUCACCGUCACUGGUGGUUCCGUUCCCGUUGCUACUGGCUCUGUCCCCGCUGGUGGCUCUGGAUCUACUGGCUCCGGCUCCGGCUCUGGAUCUACCGGCUCUGGUUCCGGCUCUACUGGCUCUGGCUCCGGCUCUGGUGUCGUUCCCUCCGGCUCCUCCCCUGUCGAGUCCAGCAGCCCCUGUGACACUAUGACCGUGCCCUACGUGACCUCCACUGUCAUCUCCGGCGCCACUGUCCCUGUCACCGUCACCCCUACCGCCACGCCCGGCAACGGUGUGUCCCCUGUUGACACCAGCUCCGCCUCCGCCCCUGCUGUGACCAGCGCCCCUGCUGUUUCCUCAGGCGGCUCUGGCUCUGGCUCUGCCGAAACCGAGACUGUCACCGUUACCGCCACCGUCUGCGGUUGCGAGUAA